UUCACCCCAAAGCACUGGGUGGCUAUUUGGUUGGGUGGUUGGUCUGCUAAGCAGGGGAAAAGGCCAGAGUCUCUCUUUCCCAGAGCAGUGUAGCACCGGGGCUCCCAGAGGAGGACCCUACCUGAGCCGUGGCCCGAUGCAGAACGGGGAGGCUAUGAGCCCUCAGGACUCCAAGGCAGCAGUGGCAGAGCCAAUGGAGGAGCAGAAGGCCCAGAACCAGAGCCAUAAUCAGGGGAGUGCGGAGCCCACAGCCCCUCCACUUCCUCCGCCUUCACCACCACCACCAGGGCCACCAGAAUACCCGAGACCUAGGCUGAUUUUCCACACCCAGCUGGCUCAUGGGAGUCCCACAGGCCGCAUCCACGGAUUCACCAACGUAAAAGAGCUCUACGCCAAGAUCGCUGAAGUGUUCCACAUCUCCCCCUCAGAGAUCCUUUUCUGCACCCUCAACUCCCAUAAAGUGGACAUGCAGAAACUACUGGGAGGCCAGAUCGGAUUGGAAGACUUCAUCUUCGCUCACGUCAGAGGGGAGACCAAGGAGGUGGAGGUGACAAAGACAGAAGACGCAUUGGGUCUCACUAUCACAGACAACGGAGCUGGAUAUGCAUUCAUCAAGAGGAUAAAGGAAGACAGCACCAUAGACCAGCUGAAGACAGUCUGUGUUGGAGACCACAUCGAGGCCAUCAAUGACCAGAGCAUUGUAGGCUGUCGACACUACGAGGUGGCUAAGAUGCUAAAAGAGCAACCGAGAGGCAUACCCUUUACUCUCCGCCUGGUGGGGCCCAAGAAGGCCUUUGACAUGAUUGGAAUGAGGACAAGAGCUCCAAAAUCGACUGAAGGCAAGAUGGUGAACGGGAGGGAGACGCUGCGUCUUCGCUCAAAGGGGUCUGCAACAGUUCAGGAAGUGCAGAAUGAGUUUGAAGAACGGGCCACCAAGAAAGUGGACGACCUGCUGGAGAGCUACAUGGGCAUCAGAGACCUGGAGCUGGCAACCACCAUCGUGGAAGCGGGCAGAGACAAGAAUAACCCCGACGAUUUUGCAGAGGCCUUGGACUCAGUUCUGGGAGAUUUUGCUUUCCCUGAUGUGUUUUUGUUUGAUGUAUGGGGAGCUAUCGGAGAUGUCAAGAAUGGCAAGAUGUAGCCAUUUACCAUAUAUUCACAUGAUAGAGGGAGAAACACAUGAGACCAUUACAACCCAAAUAUGUAUGCACAGAUAGACGGGGUGUAUCCAACUGCGAAAAUAAUUUGUACUCUUUAAUUUUUAAUCACUUUCUUUGAAACCAUGUCAGUGAGUGACUGCAAUUUAUUCAACCAUUUCCCCUUUGAACAGUAAAAUUACUAUAAUUUGCCCAAAAGCAGAUCAUAACUAUUAAUGUUACUAGGUUUAGACAAAUCUUGCAGUAUAGUUUUUAAAUACAUUUGUAUAGAGUGACUCAAAUAUUGAAAUAACCUUGUAUGGUGUUGGAAUUUAGCUGAUGAUCUAGUUCAGAAAAUAAGUUGUAAAUUGUAGGUCUACAAAAAUACAAUCUUAUUCUAAUUUUGAUUAAAGACAAAAGUUAAAAACAUGUUUUGGGGGCUCCCUUUCUCGUACAUACGCAUCAAACAUUAUGUAAAGAGUCUUUCAAGUCCACAACACGUCAGGAAACACAACUUCAUAACAGAGGCCAAUCAGCCAGACAUCUGGGAAUCAAGGAAGUUAGAUAGGGAAGUUCGCUACAGUAAAUAUUUCUCCUUUGAUGAAACCCAGUGGGGAAAACAGGAGACAAACAAGGAUACAUUGAGUAUGUAAGUCGCUUUGGAUAAAAGCGUCUAACAAGUAACAUGUAAUGUAAUACAUCUUUGCGUCAUUGGAAAGUCAGAAUGUAUUACUACUUUUCAAUUAUUAACAAUCAAAUCCAGCUAGAGAUCGAUGUGCAGGAUUUAUAACUUGUAAUAUCAUUGCACCAGGUUAUCAUUAUAUUGAUCAGGAAUUGGUUUCUGUUUCAGGCUUUUUGAAAUUAACGAGUGGCCCCAUUGCAGAAAGAUAUCAUAUUUGAAAUCAUCUAAUUGAUAUUGACUGAUCUGAAUUUGAACUCGCAAAUAACACUAAGUUCAAGAAACUUACCCAAAUUGUGAUCUCACACAGGAACCAUGCCCAUAAUGUCCACACAUUUGCAAAACAACCUCAAAUAAAGUUUGCUGAUGCAUGUGUCAUGCAUCAUUUUGCCUAAAA